GAAGAAUGCUUGGUAUGUGCGGACGACAACAACAUGAAAGGCGGCGAGCGUUCACCCCAACCGAUUGUGCGCCUUCAAAUCAAACCCAAAGUCCCUUUGUGCGCGAUUAUAAAUUGAGCCGCGGACUCCAGACGCCUCGACGCGCCUUUGUCGCGAAAAACCAAACCGCCAGAGCGAGUUUUUACGAGGCGGCCACGCAGUUUAUUUGAUGUCGAACACCCUGCAGAGGCGGAGAUGGUUUGGUCUGUAGUAGGUGGGACUGGCGAGCGGUCUGCAGCAGGACGUCGUAGAUCAAUGAACCGGACCGGAGGGUUGGUCCAUCGCCUGGUGUGCAUCUGACUGUAUAGAUGUGUCAGUAUACCUAUGCAGGACCGCGUCUCCUCUUUCUUUAACACUGCUACCCAACCCUUUCAGUAUGCGGAUGUUAUAAAGCGACUGGCUAUUUCCUAGGCUCGCUCGGAUCCAGUCUCCUCCAGUGGUUCAUCGGUUGCGAUUCGUUGUCGGGCUCGCUCGCUUUUAUUUUUAUUUUUUAUUUUUUAAAAGGAAGGAAUUAAAUACACAUCUGUAACCUCCAGGAUGAUCUUUGCAAACACGGGCAACCCGCUGAAGACAGCCAAUCGUAAGCAGUCCUACCCCAUGACUCCGUCCAGUCCCAGCAGCAGCAGCAACAGCAGCAGCACAGGCCUGGAGCAACUCAGCAAAACUAACCUUUACAUCCGCGGCCUGCCUCCUGCGACUACAGACCUGGACCUGGUCAAACUCUGUCACCAGUACGGAAAGAUUCAGUCUGCGAAGGCAAUCCUGGACAAGACAACCAACAAGUGUAAAGGUUACGGCUUUGUGGACUUUGACAGCCCGGCGGCUGCUUUAAAGGCAGUACAUGCUCUGAAAACCAGCGGCAUACAGGCCCAGAUGGCCAAGCAACAGGAGCAAGACCCCACGAAUCUGUACAUUUCCAACCUGCCUCUGUGUGUGGAUGAGAAAGAGUUGGAGAACAUGCUGCAGCCCUUCGGCCAGGUCGUCUCCACGCGGAUCCUCAGAGACUACAGCGGCAACAGCCGGGGCGUGGGUUUUGCCAGGAUGGACACAACAGAGCAGUGUAACGCAGUCAUAUCCCACUUCAAUGGGAAGUUUAUCAAGAUAGCAUCUGGAGCUCUCGCUCCCUCUCAGCCUUUGCUGUGCAAGUUCGCAGACAGUCAGAGGAAGAAACACGCUCACAGCGGAUUUCUUCCCAACGGACAGACAGGGGAUCUCAGACUAGGCGCAAUGACUCUCACCUAUGAUCCCUCCUCAGCAGCUAUACAGAACGGGUACUACCCUUCUCCGUACCCAGUGACCAACAGGAUAAUGACUGUGCAGCCGACAAUGUCUCCCUACAUGUCUCCGGUCUCUGCUUACCAGGUACAGAGUCAUUCUUGGGUCGCUCAUCAACCGUACAUCAUGCAACACCCGGCUGCUGUGAUGUCUCCCUCUGUGGAUCCCUCCAUGUCACUGCACCCCUCGGCCAUGAUUACUCAGCAGAUGGGCCAGCUGUCAUUGGGAAACACUGGAGCGUAUCUUGCUGCCAACCCUGGUGUUCAGGGAGCUUACAUGCCUCAGUAUCCUCCCAUGCAGGCAGCAGCUGAGAAUGGCACACCGCAGCAAGUGGACUCUUCCAACAACUCGUCUCCUUACAGUCAACUCAGCAAGUGAUCACAGGCCACACUACUGCUCCGUGAGCCAGAGGACAGGGGGGAGGUUGCCGAUGACAUCUCCCGCUCUGAUUGGACCAGAUACAUGAACUUUUUUUGCACAGCCCUGACAUUUGUAGUGGAAAGUGAGGACAGUGUAAAUGGACUCAAGCAGUCGGCUAAUCGCAGAAGAAAAAAGAAACAACAACAACAACAACAACAAAAAAAACAAGAUUUAUUUUGAUAAGAAACAACAUGCUCUUCUUUUUCUCUUUUUCAAAGAUUCUCAAACACUUGCCAGAGGAUCCCCCCCUCCCUCUCCCCCUCCCUCCCCUCCUCCACCUCCCAUCCCCUCCCCCCUUUCCAUUCGAGUAUGAUGUGACAUUAAAAUGCAUGAGAUUGAGACACCCCCUUCCGCCCCCCUCCAGGUGUAUAUGAUUUUCUAGUUCCCUUGUUUGUGGUAUAUGAUACAAACUUGCAAACCUCGUUUGCGCCGACGUGUGAAGUUUUCAGACUGACUUCGCGACUUCGGCUUUAGAAAGUUGCCACAGAAACAGCUUACGAAAUCAGAGCUCAUGUUUCGACUGCACUCGACGUCUGACACGGACGACCAUCUCAUUAGGAAAUUAUUGAAUUUAUUAUUGGAAAAGGUGCCUUCCUUACGUGACAUCAAACAUUCUCCCGACAUUUUUCUCAUCGAGCUCGGCCGGGUGUCAUACUUCUGUCUGACCGGUCGAGCGCGCGUGCGUGCGUGAAAUCGAGUAGAUUUCCACCGAGUGUUUCGCUAUCUAGUCGUCUGUUAGCAAUAAAGACAAUGAGAGUCCCACGGCAAUACUGAGGAAAAAAAAAAAAAAAGAAUGGUGAUAAACUCAGAGCAAGGUAAUUCCUUAUUUUCCUAUUUGCUUUUUUUAAAACGUCAAGACGUGACAUGAAAAAAAAACAACAACAAGAGACGUACUUUUAUGAAAUUACAAGUUUUACACCCAGUGGGCAUCUUUUAGGAUGGUUUUUGUUUUUUUUUCUCUUGUGGUCAGUGUGACCAGUGAUCUACCUCAUGGUUCUGCCGGAGUCUGCUGGUGUCGUGGGGUUUGCAGGUAAAGCCCCCUUUUGCACCAGGCUGCACGAAGCAGAACAGAAGCCACGCUCAGGAGCUGGCUAAACAGGACUUCUGCCGUCUGUCUCCCACAUGCAGCUUUUCUCUUCCUGAUCUUUAGAAAGAAAAAAACCUACAAAAAAAAAAAAAAAAACGAACAUUGUGCUUUACUUUUAUUUUUCUCUUUAUUUGUCAUUGCUUCUGUUCUGGUGUUUCUUCUUCUUCCUUCUUCUUCUUCUUCUUCUUCUUCUUCUCAACAUGAUUAGUGUUGUUCAGUUGUGAUGCUCCAUUUGUGAGAGGACUCGGUAAAUAAGACGAUUACUAGCUUCUCCGUCUAACCGCUGGUUUGCAGUGUGCUCUAAGCCGACGAACGCAGGCUGUUUGCAUUCAUUCGACGCGUUCCUCCGCCUUAACGUGACUCACACUGCUGCUGUGAAGCUCUUCGAAAAAUACAUCGCUAGGAUUUAGCCAAAUUUUUUGUCAUUUUGUUCUAGGGCGGUUAAGCAAUGUUCAUGCCAAAACUAUUUGAAAUGAGUGGGAAAACUCAACUCUUGCCUCACACGAAAUAUAUGUAACAAUCAUGUCCUUGAAGUAAAAAAACAAAAGAAAAAACAGCAAUAUUUCAUUCAAUUCAAUGCAAGUUGAAAUCACACGACUGACGGCAUGUAUUUAUGUACAUUCAGGGCCAAAAGCUAAAAGUAAGUGGGUGGUUUUUAUUUGCUUUUUUUUCUUUCUUUCUUUUCUUUAAGUUGAAGAUUUCUGAUGUAAAACCUCUACACUACUUUGAAACAACAACAACAACAAAAAAAAAAAAAUGGUCGCGGUGCUUCUUUCCCGAUCAGUAGUACAGAAUACAGUGAAGGCUCGCUAUGGAAAAAAAAAAAAAAAAGAAAUACAGCCAGGCUUUUUACUGACUUCCCGUUCUGAACAUUUGUUGCUGGGAAAAGAAAAAUGUAUAAAUGCAAAAAAAUGCAAAAAAAAAAAAAAAGGAAAAAAAAAAACUUGUUAUCCUCAUUGCUUCCCCCUCUGUCACCUUCUUCUGAUUCUGAAACAAUCUCCUUGCUCUCUCCUUUGACAACAUUGGAAUAAAAACAGUGCUGAAUAAAAUCUUCUCUUUCUCA